GAAACACAGGUUUGCUAUGCAGGAGAACUACGAAUCUCCUCCUCCAGCCAGUCUCUAGCUAUAUUAUGAGCAGGAACAGUUCGUACGUUGACUACAUAUUUAUUAUUGUAACUGGUUACAGUUACAACCAGUUACUACUAUAACAUACGUCGUACUGGUAACACGAGAUUCUGGUUGGAUUUGCAGUUCUAUAAUACAGGGUGACCAGAGUUAGUCAUAGUGAACACCUUUCAGGAAAUUGUUAAGCCUAAGGGGGCCGGGGCUUGGUGGCAUUUUGAUUGAAAAGUACCUCCUGGCAAGCCAAGACGGUACGACCCAUAAGUAUAAAAAUGAAUGAAGGGGCCGCAGACUCUGGGAAUCUCGGUGUAAACAGAAAUUGGACUGCCUCUACGAGUUUAUUGAAUGACCAAGGCAUUUUGGGAUAAGUAAUAGUAAGAUAGGCGUGGUGAUGUGGUACUUACCACAAACAAUACGAUCGAUUAAACUGAAAGUUAAGUUUUACUGCCCGGAGAGACCUACUAUAUAUAUAUGACGUGUAGGCAUCAGGUCAUGUUAUCCAAAUCCGGGGUAUUUGUUGAUAGAGGGCCUGCUGAUGUGCCAAAUUAUAAUAUUGUACUUGUAAUUGGUGUGCACCGGACUUGUAGUUGGUAUUAGUGUCCUGAGUAUUUCUCUCAAAAUCUAUUUUAUAGUUGUAUCUGAUAGAGGGGAGUGAUAUUUAUCAGCUGCUUUUGGUCCUAUGGAAAAAUAUUGUUUCUAUCCGACAUUAUUCAUAUUGGCUGUUAAAAGUCAGCGCUUAUCCGUAAUUGUAUUGUGUCAGUGAUUUACAAUCUCGCACGUACACUAAAUUGAACUUCAAAAUGAAUCUUCUCCUACAACUAUUUAAUGUUGGGAUAGGCCUUUAGACACUUUAGAUCGAUUUAAAAAAUUGACAGCCCUCUAAAAAUCUUCAAAAAAAUCAGGUCAAGAUUUUCAAACUUUUUGGAAAAAUGAACCAAAUCAUGAAUAAGAAUCUUAUGAGAAACCAGAAUGAAAUUCAUAACGUUUAUAAAUUGAUAGCAUUAGCAACUCAAUUAGCUUUGUUCCAUCACAACUACAUAACUUCUAAACUCGAAAUUCUGGUUAUUAUAAUUCUUGGGAUUUCUGACCUCUCUCUGAACCGGACCAAGUUUUUUGUUAGAGAUUGUGAGCAGGUAUUCUUAUAGUAGAGCAUUAUUGUAAUGGAAAAUGUAUGAAAAUAAGUUGUUUUUAUACGUAAAUAUCAAAAUGUGUAUAUUAUUAAUGUCGAUUAAUAACACAGCUCUGAUUGAGCGAUAAUGUAGGAAGUAAAAAGAAUGUUUUGAAAUUAAGUGAAGUUUGUGUCAUUAUUCUUGAUUUGAUUUAGGGGCAGGUCGUAGGUCUUUAUUGUACAUUGUAACUGGUUAUACGUGACACACUAUAUACUGGUUAUACUGGUUUUAUAACGCGAAAUUCUGGUUGGGUUGGGUUUGGUUCUAUAAAAUAUGAGGAAUAUGUUGGUCAGUCACUAUUUCUGAUUGAAGCUGUUUGAGUUUGUUACCAAAGACUAGUUUGUUACCAAAGACAUCAUGCCACGAGCAACUGGGGUAAGGGGAUUUUUGGAGAGGUUGGAUAGAGGACCAGUGAUUGGAGAUGGUGGAUUUGUGUUCGCUCUGGAGAAACGAGGAUAUGUUGAAGCUGGACCUUGGACUCCUGAGGCUGUGAUUGAACACCCAGAGGCAGUGAAACAACUUCACAGAGAGUACCUGAGGGCAGGGUCGGACGUUUGCCAAGCUUUCACCUUUUACGCCAGUGAGGACAAGCUGAAGAACCGAGGACAUAGUGCAGGUUCCCAUGGGGUAAUGGAAAUUAACCAAGCGGCAUGUGACAUAGUAAAAGAAGUAACCUACCCAGAAGGAGGACUUGUAGCUGGAGGACUAUCCCAAACUCCAACCUACAUCACUACACAGGACAAGGCCCUGGUGCAGGCUGAGGUCAGGAAACAGUGCGAGAUCUUCAAGAAGAACGAAGUCGAUCUUAUGAUAUGCGAGUACUACGAGCAUGUGGAGGAGGCUGAGUGGCAUGUAGAAGCCGUCAAAGACUUCAUGCCCGGAGUUCCCGUAUGCGCCAGUCUUUGCAUCAACGAGGAUACUGAUGUUCACGGUGUCCCAACUGGAGAGUGCGGAGUAAAGUUGGCACGAGCAGGCGCUGAUGUUAUCGGAAUCAACUGCCAUUACGAUCCAUUCAGAUGUUUAGAUGCGGUUAAGAAGAUGAUUAAAUAUGUCAAAGCAGCUGGUUUUGAUAAGGUACAUUUCAUGAUCCAGCCUCUUGCGUUCAUGACCCCGGAUGCCAGUGUCCAAGGCUUCAUUGACUUACCAGAAUUCCCCUUCGCUCUUGAACCUAGGAUUUGCACCAGAUGGGAGAUGCAAAGAUAUGCAAGAGAAUCGUAUGAAGCAGGUAUCAGAUUUAUUGGAGGAUGUUGUGGGUUUGAGCCGUAUCACAUCAGAGCAGUAAGUGAGGAACUGACAGCAGAGAGGGGAGGCUUCCAGCCAGCUAGUGGAAUGAUCAACUGGGGCGCGUGCCUCAAGAAACACACCAAACCUUGGGUCAGAGCCCGAGCUAGCAAGGAGUAUUGGCAGAACCUGAAACCGGGCACUGGUCGACCUUACUCUAGCUCACUCAGCAAGUGUGACCAGUGGGGAAUCACAGCAGGUCACGAGUUGGUGCACCAACACGAAGAGGAAACCGGUGAAGAAGAACUGAAAAAGGGACUUGACUUCAAGAAGAGGCUGGUACAUAAGGGAGUGUGUUGAGGCACGUAUUUAUCAUAAUUAAUUAGCAUUAUUAAUUAAUUAGCAUACUAGUACUCAGCAGGAACAUAUAACAGAACUAGUAUGUAUUAAACCAGAGGGUUUUUAACGUUCAUUUUAGUUUUUAAUUUGGUAUUUCAGCAUUGAGACUUUUUCACUGUCGUUGGCGAUCAAGCUUGUGUAGUGCCAACCAAUCAGUUAUUUUAGCUGGAGUUUAGUUUUUUGUUUGUGUUACACGCUUUUUCUGAUUUUUAAAUGAUGAUGAGCUAUUAUUGGUUAUUUCAAAGCCUAUUGUGAAAAUGUAUUAAAAUUAUGAAUUUCAACAA